UAUGUGAAACCUGUUGCUUCACGACAUUGAUCUUUAGCAAAUCAAAUAAACCUUUUACAGAUCAAAUACUGGAUUUGAAAGACUCUGCUAUAAGAAGAAAAUAAUUUAAUCAUGUUCUGAAGAGUUUGCUUUUUGUAGUUUUUAAACUAGAACUUGAAUCGAUCAUCUUAGUAUCUGAUUACAGUCGUUGUGGAUGGUGAUGCUCUGUGCAGGAACAUCUCUGGUAGCAGUCAGUUUUGCAACGAAUCUGAAGAGGCUUCUGACCAGCGGCGCCGUAUAGAGGGAGAAAGUUAUGACAAUUACUGAGCAGAUUCUGAAUGAAUACAAGAUCAGAGCCUUAGCAUGUCACCCAGAUAAACACCAGGACAACCCAACAGCAGUGGCUGAUUUCCAAAAGCUGCUAGAAGCCAAAGAAGUUCUGUGUGACGAAGCCAAACGGAGAAACUACGACCUGUGGAGAAGAAGCGGGAUUAGUAUUCCCUUCCAGGAAUGGCGGGCUCUGAAUGAUUCGGUAAAAACGUCGAUGCAUUGGGCUGUUAGAACCAAGAAGGAACCGAUGCUGGAGUCCUGCAAACCGGAAGAUCUGGCUGCUUCACAGAACGACGAAACAUCUGAGAAUCCUUCAAAAGAAGCAGCAUUAUGCGAUUUUUAUCAUCAGCGUUUCCGUUGGGCCUCCGACUCUCCAUCAUGUCUGCUGCAGAAGUUCAGAAAUUAUGAAAUAUAAAUUAAUUACCAUUAAAUGCUGGCUCUCAUUACUCUCUUUAAGUAUUUGCUUCCUGCUGUUUUCAGACGUUCAGCUGCUAAAGCUUCUACCUUCUUAUGAAUAUUUAGUUUGUGUCUAUGCUAUAAAUAAAUAUGUGGAUGUAAAUGUUUAAAUAUGACAUGCUCCAUAUUUUAUCUGAUAAAAUCAAAAUGUAAAUGAUUUUUAAUAUUUUGUGUAACUUUUGCUGUUAUUGCUCUGAAUGUAAUACAUUUGAUAAGUUCUGUUUGCUUUUUUUCCGUAUUUGUCUCGUCUUUUCAAUUAAACAGAGGAAUUUCAGCUUUUUGUGCCACUGACUCCUGUUCAAAAUGGUUUUGCUUUUCAAAUAAACUACAGUUUCAAUGUGA